AUGGCUACUAUUAAAGAUAUCAAAGCUAGAGAAAUACUAGAUUCUAGAGGUAAUCCUACUGUUGAAGUUGAUUUGACAGUAGAUAAUGGUCAAGUUUUUAGAGCUGCUGUUCCUUCUGGUGCUUCAACAGGUAUCUAUGAAGCCUGUGAACUUAGAGACGGGGAUAAUCACAGAUAUUUAGGGAAAGGUGUUUUGAAGGCUGUAAACAAUGUGAACACCAUCAUUAAACCUCAUUUAAUUGGUAAAAAUGUUACUGAAUAAGAAUAAUUAGAUAAGUUAAUGGUAGAAUAGCUUGAUGGAACUAAAAAUGAAUGGGGUUGGUGCAAAAGCAAAUUAGGAGCAAAUGCUAUUUUAGCAGUUUCUAUGGCUGUUGCCAGAGCUGCCGCAGCUCAUAAGAACCUUCCUUUAUACAAAUACUUGUCUCAUUUGAAUGGAUAAGACAACCUAACCCAAUUCAAUUUACCUCUUCCAUUCUUCAAUGUCAUUAAUGGUGGAAAGCAUGCAGGAAACAAAUUAGCUUUCUAAGAGUUUAUGUUCACACCAUGCGGUGCAUCUAACUUUGCAGAAGGUCUAAGAAUGGGUGCUGAGGUUUAUCACAACUUAAAGAAAGUAAUUGAAAAAAAGUACGGACAAACAGCUACUAAUGUAGGUGAUGAAGGAGGUUUUGCCCCAGAUACUAGUAAUCCAGAUGAAGCAUUAGAAUUACUAGUUGAAGCUAUCAAGAAGGCAGGUCAUGAAGGAAAGAUUAAAAUAUCUAUGGAUGUUGCAGCUUCUGAAUUCUACGACGCUAAAACUAAGCUUUAUGAUUUAGAUUUUAAGAAUAGUAACUCAGAUGGUAAGCAUAAGUUAACUUCUGAAUAGUUAGUUGAAUACUUUGCCAAUUUAGUUUCAAAAUAUCCAAUUUUUUCAAUUGAAGAUCCUUUCGACUAGGAUGACUGGGCUGCUUAUGCUCAAUUGACUGCUCGUAUUGGUAAUUAAGUCAAGAUUGUUGGUGAUGACUUACUUGUUACUAACCCUUUACGUGCAGAAAAAGCUAUUUAAGAAAAAGCCUGUAAUUAUCUUCUACUUAAAGUCAAUCAAAUUGGAACAGUAACAGAAGCAAUUUAAACAUAUCAAAUUGUCUCUAAAGCCAACUUUGGAACUAUGGUCUCACAUAGAUCAGGUGAAACUGAAGAUACUUUCAUAGCUGAUUUAGUUGUAGGAAUAGGUGCUGCUACAAUUAAAACUGGUGCUCCCUGCAGAUCUGAAAGAUUAGCUAAAUAUAAUUAGCUUAUCAGAAUUGAAGAAGAGCUUGGUCAAAAUUCUACUUAUGGAAAAAAUCACUGA